AUGUCUGAGUCAUCACUGCACUUAACGAAGUUUGAGCAUCGCGCCGUCAUCAAAUUCCUCGUUAAAACGGGGAAAACAGCAAAAGAAAUUUUUGAAGAAACUUCUAGUGUAUACGGAGAAUCUGGACCGUCCUCAGCCACGGUUAAACGAUGGACACGCCUAUUCCAACAAGGCAGAGAGACUCUGGAAGAUGACCCCCGCUCGGGUCGGCCGGACACCGCAGUCACCGAUGAAAACAUCGAAAAAAUAGCAGAAGAGCUUGGCUUUAGUAAGGAACGAGUUGGAGAUAUUAUGCACAAUCAUUUGCAUAUGAAUAAAGUCAGUGCGCGUUGGGUGCCAAAAAUGCUCACGCCACUUGACAAGCAGCGGCGCGUUGAAACUUCUGAAGAGUUUUUAGACUUGUGCAAGGAUAAUUUGGAAAAAAUUUGUACUCGUAUUGUCACUGUUGAUGAAACGUGGAUCCGACAAUAUGACCCAGAACCAAAGCAGGAGUCAAUGCAGUUCAUAGAGAAGGGGGAAAGACCGCCGAAAAAGUUCAAGGUGGAAAAACCGGCUUCCAAACUCAUGGCCACCUUCCAAAAAAAACUACAAUGA